CGUGGCCAUCUAGUUAGUGAUGUCCUGAAGCUCUCAGCUACGAUAUUCUAUUAUGCAAUCCUUCUGAAGUUUAUCCGGUUAUUAAACACGCAAUAGUAUCAUUGCAGCAUCAGCUAUUAGCUAUGCUAACUGAGGCUAAAAACAACAUCAGGUAAUACUACCGGAAUAGGCUCUGUGCACCAGCCCCGUGACGUACUUCCGAUCCGGCCAGUGAUCGGCAAGUCAGUUUCCGGUUAACUUCCGGCUUCAUCCGCAGCACCAUGAACUUUACUAGAUGUCUACAGAAUCUGCCAAGGAUAUCAAUAGAUGAUGUUCACCGUAUCGUGGACGCCCACUCCCCUGCUCCCAAGAACAAGAGGGAAAAGGGGUUUCGCCUCUAUAUCUCAAGUUACCUACACCAGUACGAGGGUGGUACUGAAAGAUUCCAGUCCUGUGGAGCUGAUGCAUCACAGCUGCACAUGUGUGGCUGGAGCAGCUUUAUGUAACCACUGUGUGGCUUUGCUGUUUCAAUCAGCCCACUAUUCUCAGCUCAAGUUGCCAGUGUGCUAAGCUGUACGGAGGGAGAGCAGCAAUGGCACAAGCCCAGAACUUUGGGUGUAAAGCCAGGCCCUGUGGAUAAGAUGGCAGUGCUAUCUGCGAAGCCAAAGUGUGGAGCAACAACAGAGGGUGUAAGAAGCACACUCUACAAAGCCCUCAGUGGGGAUUUACCUGAUCUCUCCGUCCUUCAGGUGUCAGAGGUGUUUAAGGACUUCUCCGCAGCUGAGGCUCCGAUGAUCUGCAGCAUGGGCAUCAGCUGUGAAAUUCCUCUGGCUGACUCUGACCGUGGCCAGGUUCAGGCUGGAAGUGCAUUGUCCUAUCAGCAACCACCAACAGCCAAGAGAGACCUGUCCUUCCAUGCUGCUCCACCACCUCCAUCUCUGCCUCUUGAAGAUUACCGCCUGCAGCCAUCCAGUUGCAUGUUCGUCUGUAGAGACUCACAACAGCUACACCUCAAAAGUCUGGAAGUCACUUGGGACAUGGCACACACAUUUGAGUGUGCUACCAGAGCACAAAGUUCAUGUGGUGAAUGGCAUCAGUUAAGGAGGCCUAGACUUACUGCCUCACGGUUCAGGGAGAUCUGUCAGGUCAGAGAAGGCGCUGAAGAGAGUCUGGCUGACUGGAUACUGCAGGGCACCCGCCAGACUUCAGCAAUGAAGAGGGGGCUUGAAAUGGAGGCAGAUGCCAUCUGGGAGUACUGUCAGAUGAAGAGGGUCAACCACUACCCCUGUGGAUUUGUAAUCCACCCUGACGCCCCUUGGAUGGGGGCAUCUCCAGAUGGGUUAAUUUUUGACAAUUCUGAGCCAUGUCAGUUUGGUCCAUCCAUCCAUCCAUCUUCUCCCGCUUUUCCGUCAGGGUCGCGGAGGUAA